CUAAGUCGCGACUGCCACACAAGCGCCCACUGACACGCUUAACCCUCCGCGUCCAUCUUGCUUCGUUCUCAGAUGGACGUAACCUUCAUCAAUUCCGGCGCUCUAAGCCGUGCUCACUACUCUUUGGUGCGCAAGGUGGAGUCUGCGCAGUCCCCGCAAGCAGCAGACCAGAUCCUCCUGAGCGAAAUUGAUGGCAUCAGACGUCACUUCACUGUUGGAGGUGUAUCGCUUGUGCGUAGGCAGCGGCAUAUUCGAAAUGCAUUUGAGUAGACGUGACAUGCAGAAAGAAUGCAGAGAGAAGCUAAUAAUGCUUCUCUACUGUUCCAUGAACUUGACACAGGUUAAUCCUGGCGAGCUUGCUUUUGCUUUGCCACAAGCUGUCAAUCUGGCAGAGAUGGGGCAGACGUUGCGUGACAAACAACUCGGCUUUAUCUUUUGCACUGAAGUUAUGCCACCGAAUCAUGAGUUGCAGCUCAUGUUGGUCAAUACCAUUCGGAAGGAUCUGGAAAGCUCGUCCACAGCUCGUGUUUGCCUAGCUCUCAGUGUCUUAAUUCAGACGCAGAAUGAUGAUGUGAUACCCGCAGUACAGUCACAUUUGCAGGCCCUAUUCAUGCACAAGUCGAUAUCAGUUCGCCGUAGAGCCUAUUUGGCGUAUCAUUCACUGCUACACAGCGACCCUUCACGAUUGACGCCACUAGAGGAUGCAGUGGUCCUCCGCAUCCAACGUACGCUGCCUUCUAUAGACUCUUGCGCAAUGGCAGCAGCCAUAAAACUUAAUCAAGUUAAUGCCAUCAAUGAUGAAGUCAACGCUCUCCUACCAAUUGUAUGGCAAAGAUUCAAUCGUCAGCCUCGAUCUCUUACUUUAUUGGUACUUCGAGCCCUUCGGAAGGCCAAACUAACAGUGCCAAAUGUUGGUAUUGUGCUUGAGAUUAUUAAGCGCACAUCUGGUCCCCUAGUGCGAGUGCUGCUGCGGGAGGCUUUUAUUGUCUUAUCGUCCGUAUCAGCAGAGGUCAUCCAAGAGUGCCAAAUGCAGCAGUCUCUGUCGCCAGUGGCUGACAUCCGCCACCUAUUAACGUCAAAGGAUCCUAACGAUCAGUAUCUUUUUGUUUCUUGCUUAGAUUGCCUGAGCCCCACUCUUUGGGCAGGGACCCUGCCAGGAACGACGGCAAUUUUAGACGAGUGGGAGGUUCAAGAGGUGAUGAAACUUCUUAAUUCACACGACAGGCUAGUCCGAAAGAUAACCCUGAGGGUCCUACAAGCGGUCGAUCCUUCCCUUGUUGGGGCGUACAGCACGCAGUUGCUACAGAACUUUCCUAUUGGGUCAACUUUAUCUGACAAGAACGAAUAUGUUUCUCGUCUGCUUGAUGUUGGCGAACUUCAACAUGGAAAUGACGGGGAACAGUAUGCUAGUUACCUCAAGGACCUGUUUGCCGUUGCAGAGGGAGACACUCAGGGUCGUACGGAGGACAUGUCUGUCCUCGAAGUGGGCGUUGAAAUGGUUCUUACCCACAUCCGGGACUUUGAUAUUUCAUCUCGUGUAUCGUGCGUUACCGUGUUGGCAGUUUCUGUCACAGAGUUAGAUGCUCGGAUUGGGCCGACUCUAAUGGUGGUUAUUUCCGCUUUGGUUUGUGAAUACUGCGGAAAGAUAGCAACAUCGCCCCUAGCACUACUCCAAGGCAUGGCUAGCAGACUUGUCUCAUAUGGUGUUACAGUUCAGGACGCAUGCCUGCUAUCUAUGCUUCGGAUGUCUGCAGAGUGUGACCAUAUUCCCCACACUGUCUCGAAGCUUGUCACUGAAAUAUCCCAGUUCUCCGGGAAGCGUAUUCGCAACCGGUGUAGCAUUUUCUUGACAUACUGUGAUCAAAGGAAUGUGCUCGCUGGUAUCAUUGCUCAAGCAUCCUCGUCUUCGCUUCCAGACUUUUCGGCUGCUCUAAUCACGUAUCACUCAAGUCCCGCGGGCACUUCAACGCCUGUUCGUUUGAAGUCUCCUUCGGCCUUGACCGGACUUUCGCCAAGUUCGCCUCCUCGAGCUAGCUUAUCUCCCAGCAAGUUACGUUAUGAAGCAUAUGCUACUCCCCAGGCUGUGCCUAGUCUAAGGCAUCUAUUAAGCCCGCGCAGAAACGAUAGCUCCCUGCCAAGUCUGGGAAGCAGGACACGAAGUUCCUCGCGUGCGAGUGAACAUGAGAUGUCAUUGGCUGAACUCUCCAGGACCAUCACCCCAGGAGAGUUGACUAUUGUUGCCGCGCGGGGUCCACUACAAGAGAUCUCCGAGGUUGACCUUGUUCGGAAUUCGAAUGCACCACAGAACGAAGAUUUAGGAUCUCGUGUUGAUCUCAUAUCGCUCGAUACUGCCUUCAGUGAAGUGCCCGUGACAUUUCUGACUCCCGAGCCCAACUUCGAAGAAGUUUGGGAUGCCAUGGAAAACUCCAAUCUCCGAGGCUGGUGCGAGUCGUCGAUGGACAACGUAGUGAGACUUCUACAGAGUUUACAGCACUCCAUGAGAGUCAUCGCAGUUGAUCAGCCACCAUUUGAAGGGGAGCUUAAAGUCUUGGUUGUUGCCUCAUCUGAUUCGCCCUUAGCGGAGCCUAAACAAGGUGCUGCCCUUCGUCUCCGGGAGAGUGAAGAAGAAAGCUGCCUGUGGCGUCUCCGGUGCGAUGAUCUUGAACUGCGAACGACUAUCAAGAGACUCUUGGAGGACAUAUGAGAUGCCCCUGCUGUUUAUCAUGCGGCGUUUGCGAUCAGAUUAUUGUCGGGUUAUCAGAUAUGUUUGUCGAGAAGUCACCGUGAUUGAGAGAUUUCAGGCGGCCGCGUCUUUUAAAAGCAAGUCGCCCGGAACAAUGUACCGCGCUUAGAGAUUGCGAUAUUCGUGCUGCUCGGAAGACAUGACAUCGUGCGAGUCGGCACAUAGGUCUCUAAUACCGAAAUCAUUCCGAUAGGACAGCCGCCUCCAUGAUGCCGUCAUGAAUCCGUGGGAAAAUUGUGGUUCCAUAUAAUCCGGA